AGGUAACGGGCUGGCCAGCGCUCGGUUCAGUCUCGUCUCCGCCGCCCAAUGAUGCACAACCCAAGCGGAUCCAACUGGCUGCUGGCCGCCCUGCUGCUGGCGCUCCUGCUGCCGGAGGCACUGCUGCCCACCGCCGAUGCGGUCAGCGAACCCGUGUGCUCCUACCGCAACUCCGAGGAUGAGACCAUCUUCCUCAAGUACCUGCCGCUGCUGAGACGGGGACAGGACUACGUGGACUUUGGCAAGGAUGGCAAGUGCCUCAAGCGGGCCAUCUGCACGGAUACCUUCAAGACCAUCGUGGAGGACUGUGGUCAGCAGAAGAUCACUUGUGCCAACAAGGACCGCUUCACCGGAGUUUUCCCGGGCUGCUGCCUCAAGUGUCCCUAAAACCGAGCGAGUUUCAUCAAGAAAAGUGAAAAGUAAACAGUAAACGAUUAGACACUUCUGUGUGGAAUAUAUGCUAGCACUCAAAUAAAGGGUAUACAAUAACUAGUGAUAA